UAGGUUACGAAAUAAUAAUUAGUUUGUGGGAUAUUUGCAUAGCAAUCUGUUUGGUCAGAGUCGUAUGCGAGAGACUUACCAUUAUGGCGAGGAAACUGAUUGAAACUCUCUUUACAUACUGCUUCGUUACAUAUUAUGGGCUGAUGAUGUUCUUUGUAGUCUUAUGGCAGAUGAUACGUCGACUUGCAAUCCCUCCUCGAGCAAAGCGAAGAGAAACUCCUCCAGUAUGCCUUCUAAACCCUGAACUUGGAACUCACCACUUUCUAAGAACAGCUUCAAACAUAAAAAUUCACUAUGUGGCCAAAGGUGAUCCACAAAAACCACUUAUGCUCUGCCUUCAUGGCUUCCCUGAGUUUUGGUAUUCAUGGCGAUAUCAGUUGAAAGCUUUCAGUGAUGAGUAUAGGGUGGUUGCAGUAGAUAUGAGGGGUUAUGGACUUAGUGAUCAUCCAGUAGGAAAGGACAAAUACAAGGGUUCAUACUUGGUGAAUGAUGUCAAAGAAGUGAUUGAGGGACUGGGCUACAGUUCAUGUGUGUUGCUUGCCCAUGACUGGGGAGGUGCCAUUGCAUGGAGGUUCACCCACAUUCACCCUGAGUUUGUUGACCGGCUGAUUCUGUGCAACAUUCCACAUCCAGCAUGCUUUGCAAAGUGUUUGAAGUCAUCUAAGAAACAAUUCCAUGCUUCCUGGUACAUGUUUUUCUUUCAGUUGCCUUACCUUCCAGAGUACGUGCUAGAGAUGGAUGACUUCAAAGUUUUUGACGAAGGUUUUGGGGAAGGCAAAAAUUUCCACGAAGAAGAUUUAGAGGCAUACAAAUAUUCUAUGUGUCAGUCUGGGUGCAGUGGUCCUGUAAAUUACUACAGGGCUGCAUUUUCACACAGAGAUUUGCCUCCCACAACCUUUCACACCAAGAUCAAGGCUCCUACCCUUGUGGUUUGGGGCACAGGAGAUGCGUUUCUAAUGGUGGAAACGUUGAAAGGAACAGAAGAUUUUGUGGAAGAUUUGACCAUCAAAUACGUUGACGGAGCAACUCACUGGGUCCAAAUCGAUGAAUAUGAGGACGUGAACAAACACAUUCGUGAGUUUCUCAAUGUCCAUCCUCUGGAAUCUUUACAGAAACCAGAUUAAGAGAAGACGUGAACAUAUCAGGGUGCCUUUUCGUUGAUAACCUCUGUUCCGAAGAAGAAAGUGGAUUUCUGUCAAAACUUUCGAAGAAAUAAGUCUUCUGUUCUUAGAAAAUAGAGUGGAAAUAACUGAUAACUUGGUAUCAAUUGGUAGUUCUCGCAAUCAUCAUCAGGAUCUUGAAGUUUGUAAUAUUUAGAGAAAUUUGCCCUUAUGGAUGAUAUGAAUAGUAUUCCAUAUAUUUUACGUAGGGUUUCUUACAAGGGAAGCAGUGUUAGAUCACAUAACAAUUAUCAAUUAGAUGAGAAUGAAAGUAUAUGAAAAUAUAUGACUUUCAUAUAUUCUAACCGUUUAUUAAUUAGAUGAUGUUGAAAGAUGUUAGAGAUUCGUCCAGCUUACUGUUAGAUGCUCACUACUAACGGAGCCACUUAGAAACCCCUAGUGAACUGGGCUCGAGCUAGGCCAUUUCUAGAAUGGACGAUGUUUUUGUUUUGAAGUUGUUAGUUUUCAGGAAUGUGUUAUGAUAAAAACUCGAAGACUUAAGUCGAGAGGGUUUGUGUGCAGUUUCCUCCGACAUUUUAAUAAAUAUAAAUCAAAGUAUUUUCACUGCACACAUGGCUAAAGAAAACUCGGUGAGGAAAACUUGCAGGAGUACAGUUUUAUCAUGCAGCACCUUAAUAAAUGUCUUUGUCUAGUCGCCUAGAA